GUUUUACCUAGGGAAUCAUGGAACUGGUAUAUUGGCAACGCUUGUGAUUUUACUAACAAAGCGAAUUCUGGGUAAAAUAACGUGUGUCGUGUCGGCCGUCGCAGUAAAAUUUCAUCGUUUUGCCGCAUCAAUUAAGGCCGAUCAACGAUGAUUGACCUUACAGUGAAGACCUUGGAUUCACAAAAUCAUGCUUUUUCUUUGGAAGACGAUCAAAUUACAGUAAGGGGCUUUAAAGAAUAUAUAGCAGAGUCUGUGGCAGUACCAGCAGAUUCGCAAAGACUUAUUUAUUGUGGUAGAGUUCUUCAAGAUGAGAAGAAAUUAAAUGAUUAUGAUGUUAAUGGAAAAGUUAUACAUUUGGUACAACGUGCGCCACCUCAACCUGGUCAACGAGGAAAUGAUGGAGGCCAAAGUCAGGGCCAAAAUCAUGGAUCACACGGCUGGCAAAAUGCACAAAGAACACACUACAGACUCACCCGUGCUCAAAUGCAUGGCAAUGCCAUGUAUUUGGGUGCUAUGUCAGUACCAGCUGAAAUUGUUGAAGGACAUGGACUAGCGCUACCUCAGUUCAGUAAUACUUUAUCUAAUGGUCGAUUAAUUGUCGCGAGACACAUGGUUGAACGCACAAAUAGGCUUAUGGACAGGCUUGAGAAUCCGUCCCGUCCUGUUAAUCUUGCUGCAUCUGAAAAUAAUCGACCAGCUUUGGGUGAAUUAAUGCAAGAAUCAGAACUGGAACCAGAACAGUUUGUUUUCAGUAAUAUCGAGGGUAGAACAAAUAAUGGUGCCAUAUUAGCAGAAGCUGCUGCAGCUGCAGCAAUAGUAGCUGCUUUAUCUGCAGCUGGAGCUAAUAAUGUGACACCACUUAGGGCAGGAAGUAGCGAUGAAACGGCUGAAGCAAGGCCAACAACCGAGGCUGCUGAAGAAAAUCAAACAGAUUCACAACAGCCGCAACAACCACAAGCUGAACAACAAGGAUCUACAUCGAAUACUGAUGGACAGUCUAAUAGACGAGCGUCACCACAGCUUCCACGACCUCCACAGUUGGCAGAAUUAUUGGAAAUGUUACAGGAUACUCAAGCUCGUUUGCGACCGGUAUUAGACCGGUAUUGUAAAAUUAUGCGUGAUGAUCCUUCAUUACCGCCAGGGGGGAGACGAGUUGAAGAAAAUCAGGCGUAUGUGGAUGGUGCCAAUGAAUGCUUACACUACAUGUCUCACGCUUGUCACGCUUUAAGUGAUAUAAUUGUUGAUAUGAGUCAGCAACCACCAAGAAAUUUGCGAUGCAGACCAAUUAUUAUUCAACAUUCAGCUAUCUUACAGCCCGGUAUACCAAUCCAGGUAGAGGCGCACAUCAGUUUACAUGGUCGUAAUGCAAAUAAUAAUAAUGGUAAUGAAGAAAGUGGGGACUCGACUAAUAAUGCUUCGCAACCAGAAUCAGCCGAAAGCAAUGCCGAAGAUUCCAGUCAACAGCCAGAACCUGAAUCUGCUACUCAACAACAGGCAGAACAACCGCAACAACAACCGCAAGAGCAGGCACAGUCUCCAUUUGGCACGGUGUUUAACUUGCCAAAUAAUGUGGAAGUAUUGAUGGAAGUUAGUCCUGAAAGUAAUAUGGAUGCUGCAUCAGGAAGUGAACAAACUCAAACAGGUGAAAAUAAUAACAACAACAAUAACAAUAAUGUCGGAGGAAGAGUAGGUGGUACUGCUGGUGGAUUUUCUUGGGGUUCAGCUCCCGCGCCUGAUUUCAUACGAAAUUUAAUGCAGGCUGUUGCUGGACAUAUGGUACAAAGUGGUAUGACUAAUACAACAAUUACAACUAGAAAUCCUGUAACAGUUGGACAACAAAAUGUUACGACGAUGGACAGUGGAAAUACGAACGCCGGACAAAGCACCCAAGCGCGAAGCAACGUUGGUACUCAUCCUACCACGGCAACACAGACUAGAAGUACAUCGCGUCCCCAUGUAUUUCAUCAACAGGCUCACCCCUUGGGUGUUGGAAUGAGUAUAGGACAAGCGUUUGACUUUGAUCCAUUCCUGCCGUGUAAUUCGCAUCACGUUCGUCGAACAUCGACUACAAGUUCUAAUACUGUCACGUCUACAUCACAGUCUACGCAAACAAGUCAAACAGCUACGUCUGAAACUCAGUCACAGGCACAAACAGCAACAACUUCAAGCGCAACCAGUAACACUAGCUCUACGAAUACUACAGCAUCGACAACAUCACAAACAAAUACAAACGAUCCAUUCAUGUUCUUGCCGCAACAAAUUUUAGGAGGCAGAAGCGGUCAACCACAAGCAAGCAUCAGUAUCAACAGUAACAAUCAUGAUCUAGCUGAAAGUCUUGGAAAUAUUCUACAAUUAUUUAGUGGUAGAAAUAUUCAUGUGGGUAUUGUAGGAGAUAGUGGGAAUCCCACCGGAAGCGAUGUUACAUUCGCGGAUUUAUUAGAACAUGCAGGCAUUCAAAUGAAUCUUCUUUCAUCACAGGAUUCAGAAAGCGAAGGAGAUUUACUUCUAGAUUUAGCUGUAUUAGUGGUUCAAAACUUGACGUUAGAAGGUAUAAUAAGAUUACGAACUGGUCAAUGGGAGCCAAUUUCGCAUCUUAGAAGACCGUUACAAGAGUUCUUGCAAUAUUCUUUCCCAAAUACCAGUACGGAAGCACUUCAGGAACAAGCUGCGGAACGAUUACUAUCUCAAUUAAGACCACUCUUUCAGAAUCUUUUCGCGUCAGAAGAGGAAGUUAAUAUUAGAAAUGGUUCGCGUAUAGAUAUUUGCGCAACUGUGGAAGCUUUACUUCGCCGUCAUAUCAAAGAUAUAUUACAAUUUCUAUUCAAUAAUGAUAUUGAUGAUGCCAGAUUUGGUCAAGAAAUUUUCAAUAUUGUCAAUAAUUUGGGAAGACAAUUGUGUGCAGUACUUCGAUAUUCCAUUCGUGGCGGACAAUCGGGAUUAGAAGUCGUAGUGUCCCGUUUCAUGACUGAGAUGUUGGAGGGUACGCGUCCUGAGUUUCAUCGAUGGUUGCCCAAUAUAUUUGUUGCUCAGUUACGUACUUACUCCUCGCGCGUUUCACAACCUCCAGAAUCAGAAAUUCUUCCGCUUUUAGUGUAUAAAGAUGUACCUUCUCAGCCGUCAACGGUGCCUUCAGCUCCAACUCAUCAACCUUCGCAGACACAAUCUGAAGUGGAGCCUAUGGAAACUGAAGCAAUUGAAGAAAGAACAACUUUCGAAGCAUCCUUGCCAGAUGAUGGCGAAGAAGUUCCAGAAACAUUUCCAGGUCAUGAAGCAUUACCUUCUGAUUGGGUACCGAUCAUUGCUCGAGACGGUGUACGACAACGUCGUCAAUUACAAAUGCAAGGAAUGACAAAUGGUGGCGUGGCAACGUUCAGCGAUGCUUAUUUAGGUACACUACCCACUAAACGGCGUAAACUUAUCGAGCAACAAAAACCGCGAUUAUUAGUUAGCCCAACUCCUAAUCAUUCAGCAAUAGCAGCAUCCAUGGAGCGUUUAGUAAGAGAAGGUGUAACCCGAGCGGGCGUCGAAGAAGUCGAGGGUGCUGCAGUCGCCGUGGCUGUAGAUCCAGGUGUUAGGCGUGCAUUCGGUCAAGCGAUCAGGGACUGCUUGAAUCCACGUAGAUACGGAACACCAGAUUUCCCAGAUCCCAUACGCUUCCCGAACGCGACAAAAUAUUUUUCAGAUCAAGAUAGGCAACCGAAAUAAUAACGAUAAGGGAGGAAACAGUUCAUAAUGGCUUAGAGUAUCUGUAAAGGAGAAACUAGGUAGCGUUGAAUGAAACGUGAAAAUUAACAGCGACCAAGGGAAUACACAAAAUAUAUUCAUAAAAUGUAACCACAAAUAUUACUAAUAAUUGUAAUUUCGUGCAUCGGUUGAAUAAUUUUGAUAAAUCUGGGAUACCUUCAGGUGUCACGUAACGAGAUAUUCCGUAAAGUAUUGAUUUCUUUAAUCGACGUAGCCUGUAGCUGUGUCAAGAGGUAUCUUUCAUUUUUUUUUUAAUCUAUAAAUAUGUUAAAUAAUUGACAGUGUACCUUUGUGUUAUUAAAAAUUAUGGUAAAUAAGUUACAGUUGCUCUCUCCCAUUAUGCUCUAUGUAUUCAUUGAUCCCCAACACGCUACUAUGUUAAAAUACUUUUUUUUUUUUCAUUAUUAAAAUGUGUUUUCUGUAGAAUUAUCGUUACACAAAUGUUAAACGCAAAUGUAUUGUUCUUAAUCAAAUGAUCCCUGUGUAGGUAUUAUACAGAUAAUAAUACGUAUUGUACGCUAUUUAUGUGUCGUCGAUAUUAAAAUGAUCUUUUUCAUAUAGAUUCCAUUUUUUUAAUAACGAUGACACUAUCAUUAAUCGAUAUCAACUGUACUAAAUUAUAGUCCACUAUUCGAUUUAAGGAGGGAAGCGUGGAAUGAUCGAUGGUAUUUGAAAAAGUGAUUAGACACGAUUCAAUACGUCCCACUGUAAUCAUGGAUUAUCUAAGGCUAUAGUUUGUUUCACGUAAGCUUUGUUAAAUAAUGUGUUAUAAACUUUUACCCAAACAA